AUGCCUCUUUCCUUGAGAAGAUACACUUCUGCCCCAGCGUCAACCGCACAGAGCGAUGUUGUCCGUGACACAACAGGCGAUGUCCUGGCCAAUUCACGGGUCGCUAUGGAUGUCCUGAAAGCUGUAUGUGGAUGUGUACCAGUUCCCGCUCUCAGGAAUGUCGCCGGCGUUGUGUAUUCUCUUCUUGAGAUCGCGGAGGAUGUGAGAAAUACUUCUGCUGAGUUGAGAGAUCUUGUUGAAACGGCCGGUAGGGUCGUAAGGUCUAUCAACGCUUGCUGCAUAAGAAUCAUCGAAUCUGGAAAGCAGUUAUCUCCAGACUCGGAGCAAUGUAUAGAUGAGUUAUGCUUAACACUCCGUCAAGUUCAAGCGACCUGCGAAUACAUUCGAAGUCGUCGAUGGUACAAGAAGGUUUUCCACCACGCUACGGAUCGAAAAUCAUGCGAUAAGCUCAAACGGCAGCUGAAUGAAGCCUCUUCCACCUUUCAGACUCAGAUGACCAUCAUAAUUGAACAGAAAGUUGAUGAAAUUAAAGAGGCAAUUAAUAACCACAUGGAGGACAAAGCACCAUCGGGAACUCCCAACGUUCGUGUAAAAACUGAAACUAUCGAUGUUGAUCCACACGCCGUAGCGAAAAACAUUGCGAAUGUUGAAACCACAACUAAGUAUACGAUGGGAACAAAGCUGACCGAAUUCGUGAAGGAGUUGAACUUUGGGCCAAGCGUAUCAGUAACCACAGCGGGAAUUAGAGUUGCUAAAGGAGCAGUUGCAAGUAACAUCGGGAACGUCAGGACAACAACGACAUAUGCGAAAGGCCGCCCAACGGAGUAUUCACACGCUGGGGAUUCAUAUGAACGAUUCUCCGCUCCUAGAGUUCAACAAACGGAGGAUUAUACACCGUCUCCCAAGGUCAAGGCCCUCUUGCAGCUAGCAGCUAGUGCUUCACAUCAAGUUCCUCAAAGGAGAGUACCUCGGGCUCGCGUUAAAGUCAUUCCAACCAAAGUAUUUGCAUAA